CCUAGGAACAACACUGGUUCUAGUGUUCUGUGAUUUAAGCGUAUCGUGUGGAUGCAUGUGCUUUUGUACUUUUUCUAACCUCAAAAUAUAAUUAAUAAAGUUUUUAAUAACUGGAAAUUUUCGAUUUAAUUAUAUUGAUUCAAUUGGUAAUGGUAUAGCUUGAAAAUAUUGGGUUUGAAAGAUGAAGGUUGAUAAAUUUGAGGCAUCUGAUUUUCAAUCGGAUAGUAAUGAUUCAAAUAGCGAAGAAGAUAUUCUUAAUAAACCAUUUUCAAUGAAACUUAAACGAAAAUAUGAAGAUAUUCCAACAGACGCUCCAAAAUCGAAGAAGAAAAACAAAAAUGAUUUAUAUAAGCCUCCCACUGUAGAAGAACUUAAUAAUUUACGUGAAACAGAAAAUUUAUUUAAUAAUAAUCUAUUCAGACUACAAAUUGAUGAACUGCUUAAUGAAAUAAAAAUCAAAGCAAAAAGAUCAAAUAAUCUAGAAAAUUGGAUCAAAAACUUUAAAUCUUGUCUCGAAAAACUACCUCCAAAUGAAGCAGUACUAUCAGAUUUACUAAAUUUGAAGAAUAAAAAAGGUAAAUUAUUGAAAAAUCUAGUAAAUUAUAAAAUUUUGUUCAAAACUGAUCAAGAUCUUACAUUAAAAUUUGUGAAACCUGAAGAAAUACAAUGUUUUGGUUUAUUUGAAAAUAAAUGUUUACCUGGACCAAAUAUAACAUUGAAUAUUAAUUUAACCAUGCCUAAAAGCUGCUUUUUAAUAAAGGACUACCUAAAUAACAGAUAUUUCGUUAAAAAAUACUAUUAUAUACUGUAUAUUGCUGAAUAUUUAAAAAAAUGUAAUCUGACAUCAAAUUUAAAAAUAUCUUUUUAUGAAAAUAACCAUUUAUUUCCUAUUAUUGAAUUAAUACCAAAAGAUACAGAUAAAACUACGGUUUUAAUAUUGGUUACGCCUUCUCAGGACACCUUCAAGCCUUUAAGAUUUUUACCACAACAAAAUAAUUGCAAAAUAGACCUUUUUAAUGCUGAAUUGGAUGCUGAAAUAUUAAAAAACACCCCUACUAUAUUUUAUAACAGUUUAUUGGCACAUGAUGUGACAUUAUACUCUAAUAAUACAUUUUUAAAUAAGCUACUUAUGGACCAAAGGAACAUACAAGAUGGUAUAAAACUUUUAAAUGUUUGGUUAAAACAAAAGGAGUUGAAUAUUGGAAUUGGGUCUUUUACAGAAAAUUUAAUAAUUUAUAUAAUAGCAUAUCUACUUCAUAAGAAGAAAAUAAACAAGUUUAUGUCAUCUUACCAAAUAGUUCGAAAUUUUUGGAACUUUUUAACUACAAUCGAUUUAUUAAAUGAACCCAUAAGUAUAGGAGAAACUACACAAGAUAUUUUGAAAAGUUUUAAAGAACAUUACAGUGUUGCUAUUUUAGAUAAAACAGGAUGUUAUAAUGUAGCAUCAUAUCUCAGUUCAGAAAUCUACAAAAAAGUUAAAUUAGAAAGCCAGGCUGCUUUGAAUAAUUUAGAUAAUAAUCAAAAUAACAGUUUUUAUAAGCUAUUUUUAUCUAAAUGUCCAUUUCAUCUUCAGUAUGAUGUUAUAAUAGAUUUGACAAAAUCUGUGCCACUGGAGACGUCUUGGAAUAUUACACAAAAAGAAAAGUGCUUGUAUAUAGGUUAUAAUAACUUAUUAACUUAUGAUUUUAUAAAUAAAACUCUUCAAAAUGGUUUGGGCAAGAGGAUUUUAAAUAUUGUACCAAGAAUAGAGACAGAAGAUGGUAUUUUAAAACGAUUGCUUUUUGGAAUUAACUUAAAUCCUGAUGAAGCUUUCAAUUUUCUGGAAAAAGGUCCUGCUUUAAAUGAUUUUCAAAAUGCUGCUAUUUUUAGAAAUUUCUGGGAGGAACUGGCUACUGAUAGGAGAUUUAAAGAUGGAUCUACAAAUGUUGCUGUGUACUUUAAAACAAACACCAUUAAAUCGAAGAGAAAUAUAAUUAUUAGAAUUUUAAAUUUCAUUUUGGAAGGCAAACUAAAGCUUAAACAUAAAAUACACUAUAAUGAAUUUGAAGAUAUACUGAUUUCUAAAAGAUUAGUACCUUCUUAUCCCAGCGGAACAAAUGAAGAAACUUCUUUGAAAAUAAUUUUGGCUGCCAAUGAACUCAGUAAGAAGUUAAGGGAGUUGAAUAUUUCGUUGAAGAUAACUGGUGUUCAAGGAGUGUCUGAUGCAUUUGCUUAUUCAGAAGUGUUCCCACCCAUACCUUCCAAUUUUAAGGUUAAUUCCAACACUACAACAAUAGAAGGAGAAAACAUAACAUUCAAAUCUGAUGAGAAGCUUGAUUAUGUGCCACGGUACAUUCGACCAAUCGAAUCAGUGCUUCACCUUGAACACAGUUCAAAAUGGCCCAAUAAUUUAGAAGCGUUACGUCACAUCAAAUCAUCUUUUUAUUUGGAGAUAUCAAAAUUGUUAAAAUCUAAUCACAAAUUAUUGACACACCCGUGUAGAAAUUUUUUAGACGUGUUUUUUGAAGGGAUAGUUUUUAGGUAUAAAAUUUUCGUUCCAAAAGAAGUAGGAUUGGCUAAAAAAACCGAGACUGGAGAUGGUUUAACUUCGUUUAAAGAAUCUGAGGAAAGUUUAAAUUUAGACAUUUCUUUAAAUAUAUUGCCUAAAGUUAUGGGCGCUCUUAGGGGAGUGCAGUCUUUAUACCCUAGUUACGGCCCUGGUACAUGUUUAAUAAAACGUUGGUUAAGAGUACAUUUGAUAGAUGAUGAUCAUAUUUCGGAUAUUGCUAUUAACUUGUUAAACGCGUCUUUAUAUUUAAAUGAUAGUUUAAUACCUAAUACUCCACAAAUUUCAUUUUUAAGAUUCUUAAAAUUCAUUUCUGAAUUAGAUUGGAACUUGCAUCUAGUUAUAGUUAAUUUUAAUAAUGAUUUAACUUGUGAAGAAAUAUCUAAAGUUGAGUCUGAAGUACAAAAUAACAGAAUUUCAUAUCCAAAUCUGUUCAUUUUAACUCCAUACGAUCGGAGUUUAUCAAUUUUCACUAGAAAUUUUCCAUCUAAAGAAAUUUUAAAUAGAAUCAAACAAUUGGCCUUAGAAAGUUUAGCUUUUCUAGAUGAGAUUAUCGUAGGUCAAAAUAAUGUUGGUAUUAAGGAAUUGUUUAUUCCAAACUUUGACGGUUACAACGUUUUGAUACACUUGAGACGUUCUUAUAAUCCAAAACGUUAUGAAGAAAUAUCUUUUUCUAAUGUAAAUCGCAUAGUUGUUGAAAAAUAUAAACAUUCAGAUGAAGAUAAAAUACCUAUUGUAGAUUUUGACCCUGUUAAGAAGUAUUUAAUAUAUUUAAGGAAAAAUUACGGAAAAUAUGCUAUAUUCUUUCACGACAGUUAUGGAGGAAACGUAAUAGGUGUUCUAUGGCGUCCCAAAGUAUUUGAGAAGUCAGAUUUUAAAGUUAGUAACGUUAACGCAGGGAAAAUUGUCGGUGAAAAAGUUAUUUUUAAUACAGAUGCGGUUAUUGAAGAUUUCUACAUUUUAGGGAAAGAUUUAAUUAAAACUAUUGAAAUAAGAUAGACGUUUUUUG